AUGGCCGAGGCGGACUCUCAGCACCAGGACCAGGACCAGGACCCUCAGCACCAGGAGCAGCGGGAGCAGGUGGAACGCGGGGCGGGGAACCUGUCCGCUCUGCCUGGUCUACAGAGCGCCGAGGCCACCGCUCUGCAGACCAGGAUCAAGACCUCCAUCUGCAAAUCUGUUCAAUCCCAAGUGGAAAACAUUCUGCAAGAUGUUGAGAAGUUCUCAGACAUCGAGAAACUCUACCUCUACCUUAAGUUGCCUUCUGGUCCCAGCAGCAGCUGCUGCUCCGAGAAAAGUGAGCAGAGCGCGCUGUCGUCCAGCCGCACUCAGCAGAUGCACGCGUUCAACUGGAUACGCAAUCAUUUAGAGGAAUAUCCAGAGACGUCUCUGCCCAAACAGGAAGUCUACGAUGAAUACAAGGGCUUCUGUGAUAAUCUCAACUAUCCUCCACUGAGCGCCGCUGACUUUGGCAAAAUGAUGAAAAACGUCUUCCCCAACAUGAAGGCGCGUCGACUCGGCAUGAGAGGGAAAUCUAAAUAUUGUUACAGUGGAUUAAGGAAGAGACCGUUUGUUCACAUGCCAGCGUUACCUUCUCUGGAUCUCCUGAAAAGUGCAGAAGGAUGUGAUGUCCUGGAGUCUCCGGCUCAGCUGAGCAGCAUAAAGGAGGAGGUGCGGUUUGCAGCAUGUGACCUGGUGUGUGAGUGGGCUCAGAAGGUUCUGAAGCGUCACUUUGACUCUGUGGAAGAUCUCGCUCGCUUCCUCAUCGACAGCCAUUACAUCAGCAACAAGUCUCUGGCUGCUCUCACGAUUGUGACUGGAACAACAGAGGUGAAGACCCCACAGUCGGUCUCAGCGUUCAUUCCCACGGCUGAGGCUCAUUCCUUUCAGCCUCAGGUGUCGAACCUGUCGUCACCUUCUGUCGAUGCAAAGCAGCAGCUUCAGAGAAAGAUCCAGAGGAAGCAGCAGCAGCAAGAACAGAAGCUGCACUCUCCUUCACCAGGAGACGAGCAAAGCAAGAGGGAUGACGACAGUAGCCCCGCCCCUCACUCACCACCUCCGUCCAUAGGCAUCACGGUUGCUGCUGUACCGAGUCCCAUCAUGGAACACAGAAGCAGACAGCUGCUGUCCCAGAGUCCUCUGACCACAGUGGAGAGCAAAGUGCUGCCCGUCAACUUCCAGAUGGUGACACAGUCAGUUCAGCCGGUGAAGCAGAGUCCAAGAACCCUGCAGAACAUUCUGCCCACUUCAGCUCGCCAGCGUUACGCUCAGAUUCUGCCCAAACCUUUGAGCACAACUACCAUCGCUCUGCACUCUCCCUCUGCCAUGAUCAUCGCCAACAGCCCCAUCAAAACUGUGAUGACCACGUGUCACGUCAGCCCGCUCAGUUUGGUCAAGAUGACCUCCAUUUCUCUGGCCCCCAGCAGCAGCAGCAGCAGCAGCAGCAGCAGCAGCAGCUUCAGCAGCAGCAGCAGCAGCAGCAGCAGCAGCACACCCCUGACUAACAGCACUCUGCGCUCGGCCUCUGCAGGUGUCAGCAGUUCUGCAGCUGCAGAGGACGAGGGCUCCAGUCUAAACAUAAGGAGUAGUUCUGCAGUCCCCAGUUUAGCAGCAGCAGUCAGCAGCAGUCGUCACAGUGUGGAUGUUGAGAUGGAAGUGGAAGCGAUUCAUAAAAACAGCCAAAUACAAAGUCCCAGCCGUCUCAUUUUGACUGAAGGACAAACAACGAGUAGAUGUGGAGCUGCUGCACAGAGAGCGGCCAGUGUUCCCAUCCCUCACAGCAGAGGCUUCUUAGGUCUGGAGGAAAUAUCUGUUUGUAAACACACAGCAGCUGUUAACAGCAAUAAUAACACUCUGCACCCGACUGCCUCCCCUCAAAACACCAGCACUGCUCCUUUACUGAGCACCAGUGGAGACAACAGUAACGCGGCAUCAGCAAAGCAAGGGUUCUUAUCCAUUAAGAGCCUCAGGAAACGCUCGGGUCUCAGUCCAGAUCUUUCACCGGUCAAAAGGGUUUUCAUGCCCCAGCAGACAGCAGGGGGCGCUGCUGGUCUUGGAUAUGGCGUCAGAAAGACGGCGGGUUACGUCUCAAAGGCAGGAGGUCCAGUUCGACCUGAAAGUGCACCAGCGAGCAGGGAGGUGGAAGCCUGGACCGCUCACACACUCUGCACCUCCUCUUUCAGAAGCAGUGGAUUUUACUCUGUUGCUAAAACACAGAAUUCCAUCCUGAGAAAAAACACCGGCACUGUUGUGGAAACUAGCAGCUCCGUCAGUCACGUGUUACCACGGCAACAGCAGGGACCAGAGAACCCCGGCCUCCACAAACAUCCAGGAGACUCAGCCACAGGAAACCUGGACGCAGCUCAGAGCUACACUCAGUUCAGCACUGCUACUGCUACUGCUGCUGCUACUGCUGCUACUGCUACUGCUGCUGCUACUGCUGCUGCUGCUGAUGCUGAUGAUGAUGAUGAGCCCUUAGAGUUUCUGAGUCAGGCUUCAUCGUGCAGUCAAAUGCCUCUGCAGACAGACAUGGAUUACUUCCACUUUGACGAUGACGUCACUCAGGACAGCAUCGUGGAGGAGCUGGUGCAGAUGGAGGAGCAGAUGAAACUCAACAGGCUGCGGGAGUUUGGUGUCUCUGUGCCGGACAACAUCAUGUCCACUAACCAGUCCACGGCAGCUUUCUAUCAUCCUGCAAACAGCAGCUGUAACCUCAUCCAAACUCCCACGCCCACGUCAGAGAUGAUGGGAGGAGCUCCGGGCCUCAGCGGGGAGAGUCCUUGCUCCCGCAUGGCCUCCACCACUCCUGUGGACAGCGCACUGGGCAGCAGUCGUCACACUCCGGUCGGGACUCCGCUGUCGGGCUGCAGCAGCACGGUGCCUCCCAGUCCCGUGGAGUGCAGGAAUCCGUUUGCAUUCACACCCAUCAACUCCAGCAUCACUGGUUUCCAUGACGACAGCACCGUCUCCAGCAGCCCCGUCAAACCCAUGCAGAGGCCGAUGGCGACGCACCCUGACAAGACCAGACUGGAGUGGAUGAAUAACAGCUACAGCAGCAGCAGCAGCAGCAGCAGCGGGAGUUUAACCAGGUCCAGCAGUGGGAUGGGAAUCCUGCCCAGUUAUCAGAGUCUGACUGACGACCACUUUCAAAAACCUCACGCUUUCGCCGUCCCUCACGUGCGACACCAUGACGGCAGCUUUGGUCGCUUGACUCCGGUGUCGCCGGUCGCUAACAUGACUAAGCAGGAAGGCUUCGCUGUGCCCGCUCCUCUGGAUAAUAAAGCAAUAAACAACGUGUCUGCUGCACAUUUCCGAUGUCGCAGUGUGAGUCCCGCCGUGCAUCAGAGGAACUUCUGUGGAAACUCUGUGAACUCUGCGCUCAGUGGCCUCCGCUCAGCCGCGUCUCCCUUCAACACUCCUGUCACUCCUGAGCUGUUCACCAUGAGCAGCAUGGCCCAGCGCAGCCGCUCUGUGCCGCUCAACGUCAUGAUGCAGACGGAGGUGCUGCCCGCGCCGGGUCAGCAGUGCAGCAGCAACAUCAGCAGCAACAUCAGCAGCGUCCUGCUGAACAAGCUGGACGGCGACCAUGACGACGCUUUACGAGGUCUGGCCGUCGGGAGUUUAUCCUCCAGCUACAACGCACGUAUGAACCUCACUCAGAUUCUGGAGUCUGACCCCAGCCACCUUCUGAUGACCUCUGACCCCACCAGGACCUGCAAGUUACUGAUGGAAAAUGCAGUUCACGAACAAAUGAUUCUCUCAUCGAGUGACGAGGAGCAGCUGCAGGCACAGUCCAUGCUCUUACGUCUCAACCAUCAUCAGCAGCAGCAAGGGCAGCAGCAGCAACAGCAUCAUCAGGAGCUGCACCAUCAGCAUCAGCAGCAUCAUCAGGAGCUGCAGCAGCAACAGCAUCAUCAGGAGCUGCAGCAACAGCAUCAGCAGCAUCACCAGGAGCUGCUGCAGCAGCAGCAACAGCAUAAUCAGGAGCUGCAGCAGCAGCAUCAUCAUCAGGAGCUGCAGCAGCAGCAUCAGCAUAAUCAGCAGCAUCUGCAACAGCAUCAUCAGCAUCAGCAUCAUCAUCAGGAGCAGCAACAGCAGCUGGAUUUCAGCAGCACGGUCAAAGACCUGCUGACAGACCACAGCCUCUCGGGUGGGCGUGGCCUGGUCGAGCAGGUGUCGGAGCUGACGGCAGGUGGAGCAGAUUUCCUCUCUGCAAAUAUCAAUGAUCUGAAUUCACUGGACACAAACCUGCUGUUUGAUCCGAGCCAGCAGCAGCAGAGCCAGUAUCCACAGUCCGGUCCUGAGGAGCUGUUUGAGCAGAUCACAGGUGAGACACCACAUCCAAGUGGACUGGACUGGUUCGAGAGCAAAGACCAGACCAGUGUUGGACUGAUGGGCUGAGGACAGAGCUCUGUGUGUUCAGGCGUUUACAUUUUAUAAAGUUUAACCCCCAAGAGUUUGACCCAAGUGCAUUUCCUCGUGGUAAAGAGAGGAAACUCUUUUAGUGUUCUGUCUUUGAAACAGAGCCAUUAUUAUUGUCUUUGUAUGAACAAUAAUGAAAUCAAUGACUCCGUCUCUUACAGCAAUAAUCAUUUCUAUCAUUUUAAAUCUGAGGCUUUAUAGAAACAUCGUCCUCGUCGUAGGAGCUUUAGGUGCUGGACUGUUUCCAGGACAAUCGGAUUUCAUGUAAAUGCAUUUAAAAUCAUUGAUGAUACGUCGAUCAGUGUGUUGGUGAACUAAAAAUCAAUGUUUUAUCUAAUCACAAACAUAAUAGUGGGACAUGUGAAUGAUUAUGUGAUUAUUAUGUGACAGUUAUUACACUUCCAGCUUGUACCUUUAAGAGACAAGUUACUGCCUUAUUUUUACUAAAGUUAAGAAAAACAUUCUGAUUUAAUCAUGACUAUAAAGUUCAAACGAAUCCCUUUAAUCUAUUAUGCAAAAUCUGCUUCUGUGGAUUGUUGAAUCCAAAGAGAUCGUAUCAUAGCAACACACACACACACACAUGCGCGUGUGCAGUCUGGUGCACAGACGAUCAACUCUCUCCUAAAAACAUCUGUGCAAAUAUUUACGUCUCUGAAGCUUGCAUGGUCAGGGUGAGAGGUCAGGGUGAGGGUCAGGGUGAGAGGUCAGGGUGAGGGUCAGGGGGAGAGGUCAGGGUGAGAGGUCAGGGUGAGGGUCAGGGUGAGAGGUCAGGGUGAGGGUCAGGGUGAGAGGUCAGGGUGAGGGUCAGGGUGAGAGGUCAGGGUCAGUGUGAGACUAAAGCUCUUUAAGGUUCCUGCUGUGGUGAAAAAUAAGUUUGAAGGUUUUUGUCUGGAAUGAAGAAGAAAUCAAAGUGCACUGAGUUUCCUUUGGUCUGGAUGAAUCUUUCACUGCCUGUGUCACAGUUACUGAUCAAAGAGUAAAAAGAGUUUAAAGAAAGAACCACGGACUUCCAAAGGUUUACGUCCAAACCAAAGACUUUUAAAUCAUCUGAAAUAACUGCACUAACAUCUUAGGUGUCUACAGUGAAGACAUUGGUAAUAUUUGGAAAACAUGUGUUUUUUAACAGAAAACUGUGUGUGUGUGUGUGUGUGUGUGUGUGUUGUUGGUCACGCUAACUUUAUUUCUUGUACAGAUUGUCUGUGUGUGUUUUUGUUUCAUGGUUAUUUAUUUAGAACCUGUUGUUUGUACAGAACCUUUCAAACGUCCACUUUCCUCCUACAGACUGAAAACAUUAGACCUGCAGGUAUCUGUUCAUCUUCUCUGUUGUGUAAUUGUGUAGGAGGAAACGGUCUAAUGAUGUGACUUGCACUGUUGUGUUUAAAGUGUCCUAACAUAUAAUAGAAUCACUCUGUGUUGCAAACACAUGUAGCUUGAGCUUGUUGUCGCAAACAUUGUAUUUAUAGUUUUUAAUAUUUAUGUCCAUAUAUGCUGAGCCAGCUGUUUUUUGUUUAGGCUAACAAAUCCUUUUAUUUCAUCUAACUGGAAUUCUGUAGGAAAUGUAUCCUUUUAAAACGCUUUGCACAAAGAUUAAAUGACGAAAUAACGAUGAGCCGUGACAUAUAAUAAUAUGAAGAGAACGUUGAAUCUCACAGAUUACAAAGUGUUUGACUUCUGUAACAGCAGAUAAUCCUCAGUAGAAGCUGAUUUUGUUUUUAAUGUGAAAACAUGACUUCAUUAGUUGUUUGUGUUUAAUGUCGAGAUGCACCAUAUUAUCCACAGAUAGGUCGUAUAUGUCGUAUACAUAUAUCGUAUAUAUAUUGUAUAUGUCGUAUAUAUGUUGUAUAUGUCGUAUACGUCUUAUAUAUUGUAUACAUCGUAUAUGUCGUAUACAUCAUAUGUAUUGAAUACUUCGUAUAUAUCAUAUAUUGUAUGUCGUAUACAUCAUAUAUAUCGUAUAUAUUGUAUAUGUCAUAUACAUCAUAUAUAGUAUGUGUCGUAUAAGUCGUAUAUAUUGUAUACAUCGUAUAUGUCGUAUACAUCAUAUGUAUUGUAUACGUCGUAUAUAUCAUAUAUUGUAUAUGUCGUAUACAUCGUAUAUGUCGUAUACUUAUAUAUCAUAUAAAGUCGUAUACAUCAUAUAUGUCGUAUACAUUGUAUAUGUCGUAUUCAUAUAUAUCAUAUAUAUCGUAUACAUCAUAUGUAUUGUAUACGUCGUAUAUAUCAUAUAUUGUAUAUGUCGUAUACAUCGUAUAUGUCGUAUACAUAUAUAUCGUAUAUAUCGUAUAUAUUGUAGAUGUCGUAUAUAUCGGCAAACACACCAGGAUCUGCGGAUGUAACCAAUGACGACUACAUUAGGCUAAAUAAGCCACUUCCUUGUUGACUUCUACAACUGGGUGAGGAAAGUUUAUAUCAACACCUGCUGUGACAUAAAUAUGCAAAAUAUGAUGUUAAUUUCCCUCCAGAAGAGACUAAAUAAACUUCGUGUGCUAUAUCAGUAAAACGUCCAGUAGGGUGCAUCUCUAGUGAGAUUCCUCUUUGCUUUGGAGCUGCCUUUCAGUGCAGGCUUGUUGCUGUGGUUCAUUUAUUUAUUCAUUGAUUUAUUUAUUCUUCUUUGCAUUUUAGCAAAUGCUUUUGUAAGAGGAAGUGUUUGUUGGUACUGAUUUUUAAAGAUUUUUAAGGCUAAUAAACAUUUUUAAGUAGUCACGUA